AUGACAGCGUGGAGGAGCAGCUCUGUCGCUUUGAUUUGUCUCGGGGUGUCUUCCUUCCUCGUCGGUCCCUGCCUGUCGGACUGUCGGGAAGUGGGCCUGUGUUGCUCUGGCCGCGACCCGUCAUGCAUCAGUGAAGGAUGGAGGUCUGACCGAUCAUAUGGCACCUGCUACUGUGACCAAGCCUGCGUCUCCACCCUGGACUGCUGCCAUGACUAUGAGACAGCCUGUCCAGCUGUGUCCUGUGUGGUGAGUGGGUGGACAGAGUGGUCAGGCUGUGCUGAGCCAUGCAGGGCCACAGUUCGCAGGCGGAGCAGGACCAUCCUGCAGGAGCCGCUCAAUGCGGGGAAACCCUGUCCUCAUCUGGAGGAGCAUGCUGGCUGUGCAGAAUACUGGUCAAAGCAAGGGCACUGUCACAACUCACUGGUCCCAGCUCUCAUCACCACAGGUGGCUACGGCAAUGCCAGGAAGAAAAGAGACAUCCCUGACAGUGGCGACAUUAUAGGGUAUUGUGUCCAGUUUCAGUUGACUUCUCUGACAAAAGGAUGCCAACAGAGUGCGGGCCCACACACACAGUGGAUGCAGUACCUGAGGGAGGGGCAUCAUGUGUGUGUUGAGUGCCAGCCACCUGCCCUUGCCACUGGACAGAAACACUGUGCUGGAGACGGAGAGGAAAACAUUGAGGACAGAAAACAGUCUCUCCAGUGGCAGGCGGUGGGAAAUCCUCGAUGCAGGGGUGUGUGGAGACGUGUUGGAAGGCUGGAGGCCUGCUCCUGCCCUACAGCCCACAGCUUCCUCUUCAUAUGACCUCCUCCUCCUUCCCUCUGACAAGUACUGGCUCUGUGAGAGUCACAACCAGUCACAACGCCAAAGU